UUGUUGUGUUGUUUUUUUUCUUCCCCAGAAACACUGAUCGAAAAGUUCCGGCCGGAUAUGCGGAUGCUAUCGCUGCCGAACUACGCCCUCUACGUGGUCCAUGCCAAUGGCGAAGAACGGAAAUUGAACCCGGACGAGAAACCGUUGCUGGUGCAACUGAACUGGCACAACGACGAUCGGGAAGGCCGGUUUCUGCUGAAAAAUUGCUCCCAAAAGACUAAUACCCUUGGCAGCAUCACGGAUCAGCCGAACUUCAAGCGGAAGUUGUCGAAGCGGGAGAAAAAGGAGCAAAAAAAGAAGGAAAAACUGUCGAAGAUGCUGUCUGCCGGUGGAGCAGACUCGGAAAACCACGUGGCGGAAAAGCUGUACACCGAACUCCCGGAAACGUCGUUCACCCGGUCCAUUUCGAACCCGGAAGCGGUAAUGCGACGCCGGAGGCAGCAGAAGCUGGAGAAAAAGCUGCAACAGUUCCGGUCCCGGGAUGGCGGCCCGGAUACUGGCGGGACGCUCAAAAUUUACGGCGAAAGCCUAUGCCGGGAUGUGCCCUACAAAACGCUUCUGCUCUCGAUACGGGACUGUGCCCAGGCCGUCGUCCGGGAGAUGCUGGCCAAGUACGGCAUGGACAAGGUGGAUCCGCUGCACUACUGUUUGGUUCAGGUCAACAGCGACGGAUCCGAAUACAUUCUGGAUGACGACGAAUGCCCGCUGUCGAUUCUGAUGAACCAUCCCACGUCUCGAGGUAUGUUUCUUUUCAAUUCAUUGGAAUGUGGAUGA